GUGGAUGACAGAAUGCGACCGUUGAAUGGGACAUUGGGUGUCAUCUGGUCCAAAUCUUGACCCCUUUUCAUUUUCCCCGAAAGAAAGACUAGUGGCUCGGAACCGAGGGCGGCAUGCCCAAGGUCACAGAAAGGGUGGUCUAAUGUUUUGGUUCCUGCAGCCCAGAGAACAAGCUAUCCCAUCCCACGGGAGCCUUGGCGAAAAGCUGCCCCGGCCGGCGCAAGGCCAGACUUCUCGCCUCCACUGUGUUGAUUGCGGUUGCCAGGGCAGCGGCGCAUUGCUCCCCGCCUCGUCCUGGUGACGUCACAGAGCAAUGUCCAAUGGGAAAGCAGCUCGGUGUCACGCACCUCCUUUCCCGGCGGGCACCGCCUGCGCCGCGGCGAGUGAGGCGUCGUCCGUACUGGAGGCUGGCUCCGGUCGCGGCCGCGGCGAGUUAACAUCGUUUUUCCAAUCUGUCCGCGGCUGCCGCCGUCCAAGACAGAGCCAGAAUGUUCAGGAUGCUGAACAGCAGUUUUGAGGAUGACCCCUUCUUCUCUGAGUCCAUUCUUGCACACCGAGAAAAUAUGCGACAGAUGAUGAGAAGUUUUUCUGAACCCUUUGGAAGAGACUUGCUCAGUAUCUCUGAUGGUAGAGGGAGAGCUCAUAAUCGUAGAGGACAUAAUGAUGGUGAAGAUUCUUUGACUCAUACAGAUGUCAGCUCUUUCCAGACAAUGGACCAAAUGGUGUCAAAUAUGAGAAACUAUAUGCAGAAAUUAGAAAGAAACUUCGGUCAACUUUCAGUGGAUCCAAAUGGACAUUCAUUUUGUUCUUCCUCAGUUAUGACUUAUUCCAAAAUAGGAGAUGAACCGCCAAAGGUUUUUCAGGCCUCAACUCAAACUCGUCGAGCUCCAGGAGGAAUAAAGGAAACCAGGAAAGCAAUGAGAGAUUCUGACAGUGGACUAGAAAAAAUGGCUAUUGGUCAUCAUAUCCAUGACCGAGCUCAUGUCAUUAAAAAGUCAAAGAACAAGAAGACUGGAGAUGAAGAGGUCAACCAGGAGUUCAUCAAUAUGAAUGAAAGUGAUGCUCAUGCUUUUGAUGAGGAGUGGCAAAGUGAGGUUUUGAAGUACAAACCAGGACGACACAAUCUAGAAAACACUAGAAUGAGAGGUGUUGGCCAUGAGAAUCCUGGCUCCCGAGAACUUAAAAGAAGGGAGAAACCUCAACAAAGUCCAGCCAUUGAAUAUGGAAGGAGAUCAGAUGUUUUGGGGGACAAACUCCACAUCAAAGGCUCAUCUGUGAAAAGCAACAAAAAAUAAAUAGCCAUGCAUUUGAUUUGUUUAGUUUUGGUUGUUUUAACAGUUAGUAAUGGUGCUGGGUAAUAAGCAUAAGACCAAUCUCUUGCUGUUAAAUCAGUUCUGUCCUUGGCAACUUUCUUCUGAUAUCUGAAUGUUCAUGAAGGUCCUAGCUUUAUACUGUCCCUCUUUUAGGAAUAAAAUUUUGAUUUUCAACAA